AUGGAGAAUCAAGAAGGACUAGACAGCCAAACUGCAGGAAUAAAUAAAGAAAAUGAUAUAGAAUCGAUGAAUGAUAAGAUAAUCGAAAUUAGAAACAUUUUAGAAGAAAUGCGAAAAGAGCAUUUUUUGAUGAGGGAAAAUGUGCUUGAUAUUUUACCGAUAAUUAAAGAUUUCAAAGGACUUAUACAAAGGAAAUCGCUUUUUGAGAGAAGCCCUUUUACAUAUUUAAAUGUGCUAGCUAGAGAAAUCAAGGCUGAUAUUUUGCGAGAAGUUGCAAGUAAAUUGUUAGAGCCUGGAGAUGAAAUAAGACAUUUAAAAGAAGAUUUAACAAUGUUUAAAGACCACACACUUGACAAAUUUUAUGAGCUGCAAGACAAUCUUGCAUUGCUGAAUAGCGAAAAAGUGGUUAUAAAUGAACGCUUGGCAAAUGAUGAUCAAAUUAUAGCAGAAAUCAAAGAAGAUUUAGCCUUAAAAGCGCCUUAUAGAGAAGUUAACAGUUUAGCCGAAAAAGUUAGCACCAAAGCCCCACUCUCAGAGCUCAAUGAAUUAGAAGAAAAAGUAAAAAUUUGUCCAACAGCUGAACAAGUGAACAGCUUAAACCGACAAAUUGAAAUUUUAAAUUACCAAAUGUCAGCAUAUGCCUCAAAAGAUAUGGUUUUUGAGAUGGAGCAAGGAAUUACCUCAAAAGUCAGUCACCAAAUACAAAAUUAUUUAAAAGCGGAAGUUUUCUUUGAAGAGGUAGCAAAAGUUAGAGGAGAAAUAAAAGAUACAAUUGGGUUGAUAGACUAUCAUAAAGAGAAACAAGAAAAAAUCACAGCAGCCUUUCGGCAUGAAAUAUCAAAAUUAAAUAAAACUUUCCAAUCCAAGCCAUGAAAUCAUGAAAUUGAUAUUGUUAUGGGGUUUGUUAAUGAAAAAACUGAUAUAAAGACUACUGACAGCUUUAAGGCUGAUGUGUACCCAAAACUUGAUUUUUUUGAUGAAAAAAUAAAUAUUUUCGUAUCACAAAUAAAAGCCUUUGAUUUAGUUUUAGAGAGAUAUGAUGAACUUUUAUUAGAAAAAGCAUCAAAAGAUGAUAUUGAUAGCAUCAAAGCAAUUCAUCCUUCUUUUCUAAAAGUAGCUGAAUUUGUGAAUCAUAAAGAAGAAGUUUUAAAUAGAGUUGCCGAAUUAGAGAUAAAAUCUGAAAAUCAUUUAACUUCUUUUAUACUGUGUAUAAUUUAAUAGCAAAUUAUAGAAGGUUUUAGCAGUAUAAAGAGAAAUAAAUUUAUUUUUGAAAAAAAUAAAAAACAUUCAAUAAUAAGAGAUUAGAAAUCGUUGAAAAGAAAAUUCAUGACUUUAAAUCGACUUAUAAGAUUUUCAAUAAAGACUAUAAGAAUUUUAUGGCGAUUUAUAACUCUCUAGGCGAUAUCAGAGAGCAGAUAAGCGCCAAAGCAAAUAAAUCCGAUAUCUUAUCAUUAAUAGAUACUUCCGCUCGGCGGGAAGAUCUAAAUUUAGCUACACAAGCUAUAGAAAACUUACACAAGCAGCUAGAAAUGCAUAUAAUGCUGCAUUUAAACAUUUUAAAAACCAUGCUAAAAUCAGCUGAAUCCGCAGCUGUAAAAAACCGACAAAGGGUAGAUUUAUAUCGAAGUGUCUCUUCUCUGCUUAAUUGGUUAUCAAAUUCAAUCCCUCCUGAAGCUGAUAAACUACUAAACAACAGUUCAAGAGCCUUAAAUUCUUCAUUUCGAAGAAGUCCAAAAGCUGAUGACACUCCUGAACAAUAUUUCCCUAUGCUGAUACUUCCAAAGCACUCGAAAAAACAAACUUUUCUAUUCAGCGAAACCCCAUCAAACGUAAAAUCCGACAUGGAUUUACCUCCUUUAUUUUAG